AUUUCACGCUUUUGAAACAGCAGCAACUGAACAUGCUUCUGCAGGUUUUUAGGAUACUAUAACAUACGCCCUCUGACCGUGUUGACGUUGGUUUUCCAUGGAGCUGCUAAUGCUAAUACACAGCGCUCCUAGUCAACACCCCAGCAGAAUGUAGCCAACCAUUGGUUGGUUACAAUGUGCUGAGACAUCAGUGGUUGCAGGAAUGAGUUCAUCAGAUAAGUUGUCUUCACACCACCGAAGGAAUCCGCGCAGGACCUGUCGCACCAUUUCUGAAGUUCUUGCAGAUCUUAACAAACCUGUUUCAACCGACAAAGCUUCCUUCUUACAUAUUAAAGAAACCACAGUGUCACAAGCUCUGAAUACCACAGAAUCAUGCGGACAGAGAACGACCAAGAAGAAAAAGGAGAAACCUCAUGCAGCAGACCAAAGUCUUGACUCAUCAGCUCGUUUACAAAACUCAACGCAUGAACUAAGGGGUUUAAAUGGAUUGGCGUCUUCAAAGUCACAUAAACCUGAGUCGACGGUGCCUCAGAAAAUUACUCCCCGCAAAUGCCCGUCAGAGACCUCGAAAAGAUCUCACAGGGGAAGGAAAAAGAAAUGCAUUCAACCCAGUGAGAAAGAAGUAGCUGCUAGCAAAGCUUGUGCAGAUGCACUGGACAAUUCUGUACGCAAUUCAUGCCCAGAACAACACUUCAGCUCUCCAAAAACGAAAGGGACACGUUUUCGGCACUCUAAAAAAACUCAAAACCCUCAGACCCCUUCUGAUGUUUCUACAGGGCUUCACACUUGUACUACAUUAUCUGCUCGUCCUCUCGAGGAGAUAUCCUCCUGCCACACUAAUGGUGAUUGUAGCUCUCUACCACACACCCCAAAACGGGGCCGGGGUCGGCCUCGGACCCGCCCGCUCUUAAGCUCCACACCGAACUCGCACCUCCAUCCCCUGUCUCCAAAAAGAGCUGAGAAUAGUUGCACGCCACAUAGUCAUCGGAAAGUCAAAGACUCCAGUCUAGUAAAGUCACCUCCUCCAGAAGCUACUCCAUUAAUGGUCAGACCUCAGGGACUCGCGGCAGUAGGAAGGCCAAGAGGUCGCAAGAAAAAGAACGUGCAGGAACAGCCAAGUGCUUCUCCACCAGUGAAACGCGGUAGGAAGAGAGCAACGUCUCCUGUAAAAUCUCCUCAGGAAGAGCCAUCCUUUGAGACGCAACCUCCAAGUGGACCCUGCAUUGAAACCCAGGAGCCAGAGCCACAGAAAUCAGGAGAUCAAACCAUGUCCUCUGACCUGUCCAUCGAGCUGAGCCUGCAGGAGGAGCCUCAUCCUCUUAACCACUCUGUCUUGAUGCAGGAGGAGGACCAGGACGAUGAUGAAGAGCUGCCCAGCUUUUUGAAACAGGACAAUAAAAAGCCUUUGUCAAUCUCAGAGGGGCUUUGCGUGUGGUGCAAACUGAGGAAAUAUCCCUACUGGCCAGCAGUGGUUAAAAGUGUGAAUCACAAGAGCAAAAAAGCCAGCAUUAUAUUUGUUGAUUGCUACCUAAUCGACCAAAAGAGAACCAGAAAAGGGUUUUCUGUACCCCUGCGAAACCUAAAACGCUUUGACUGUGAAGAGUAUGAAACAUUGGUGGAUUUAGCAAAAGAGAAGUAUGGCAGUGCCAUCACCUGGCCUCUGGAGCUGGUAUCGGACUACAGGAUCCGCAUUGGAUGUGGAUCCUUCUCUGGCUCCUUCAUCGAAUAUUGUGCCGCUGACAUCAGUUGGCCAGUGCGGAGGAGGUACUCCGAGGAGAAGUCUGUGCUGACCUUCCCCAGUCAGGAGAUUCUGGGCGAACAGUGUGACAACUCUGAUAAUAACAUAGAGGACAUCGUUGUGGAAGAGCAGGAUGAGCUCCUCUCCAAGAAAGUGUUGCCCGACCGAUCCAAGGCUGCACGCAACCGCGCCAACAAGCAGUUGGUUGACUUUAUCAUCAGACGAAAAGUUGAAAAGCGCUUACUGGCAGUCAUCAGCGGUCGAGAGUCGUCUAAAUGGAUGCAAGCCCUCCAGAAGCCUUCUCGCCCAGUGGUUGAUGUCUAUUUGGAAGAUGAGGAGCAGGUUGAUAAGGUGUACCGCUACCUGGACAAAGUCUGCGAUAACACCUGCCUACAAAACAUCCAGGUGGACCGGAUCCAGCUUAUUCUCGAUGUGCUUCUGCCUGAGGCCAUUAUCCAUGCCAUUGCUGGAGUCCACAAGCUUUCCCUGGAGAAGGCAGAGGAGAAGUAUCUUAAAGGGCCGUGCUUUAGUAACAGAGAAAGACAGGAGUUUGACAUGAUGAUUGAACAACAGAUGAAGCGCACAGCAUUAUAAAUGGACAGUGACAUUUUUUGACAGCACUUAAUCAUUGUAUGGAAAUUAGUUGAAUUGAUUGAAUGAUUGAAAUUAAAGGAUUAGUUCACUUUCAUAUUAAAAUUUCCUGAUAAUUUACUCACCCCCAUGUCAUCCAAGAUGUCCAUGUCCUUCUUUCGUCAGUCGA